AUGCGUCCUCCAAAAGCCGGCAGCAAGAAGGCUGCUCCAGCGCCAUUCCCGGCCACCAAGGCCGGUGUGAGCAAGAAGCAGGCCAAGAACCCCCUCAUCGAGCGCCGCCCACGCAACUAUGGCAUUGGCCAGGACAUCCAGCCCAAGCGUAACCUUUCGCGCAUGGUGAAGUGGCCAGAGUAUGUCCGCCUUCAACGCCAGCGCAAGAUCCUCAACAUGCGCUUGAAGGUUCCCCCGGCGAUCGCCCAGUUCUCCAACACCCUCGACCGCAACACUGCUGCCCAGACCUUCAAGUUCCUCAACAAGUAUCGACCAGAGACCAAGCCUGAGAAGAAGGAGCGUCUGCACAAGGAGGCCACCGCCGUUUCUGAGGGCAAGAAGAAGGAGGAUGUCAGCAAGAAGCCAUACACCGUGAAGUACGGUCUCAACCACGUUGUUGCCCUCAUCGAGGCCAAGAAGCCCCAGCUUGUUCUCAUCCCCAACGACGUUGACCCAAUUGAGCUCGUCAUCUUCUUGCCAGCUCUCUGCCGCAAGAUGGGUGUCCCAUACGCCAUAGUGAAGGGCAAGGCCCGUCUCGGCACAGUCGUCCACAAGAAGACCGCCGCCGCUCUCGCCGUUGUCGACGUUCGCCAGGAGGACAAGAACGAGCUCUCCAAGCUCGUCCAGGCCGUCAAGGAGGGCUUCCUUGACAAGAACGAGGAGUCCCGCCGUCACUGGGGUGGUGGUAUCAUGGGUGCCAAGGCCCAGGCCCGCGAGCGCAAGCAGAAGCAGCGCGCCGAGCGUGAGAUCAAGAUUUAA